GUCGGCUUUUUCUGUCCUAGAGAUCUUUCUUCAACUUUGGUCAUUUCUAUUGCCACGUCCACACAGUGCACAUGAGCUUCCAAGAUCUACAAAAUGACGGCAAAACCUCGUCCGUCGGCCGGAGUUCCUCUCAGAACCCUUCUCAGACCGUGGCCGCUGGAAUAUUCCAGAUCAACACGGCCGUCGCCGGCUUCCGGCGACUUGUUGACGCCAUUGGAACCUCGAAGGACACUCCUGAUCACCGUCAGAAGCUGCACAAUUCAAGGCAACGGAUCGGGCAGUUAGUGAAGGAGACUUCUGCUAAGCUCAAAUCACUUAGCGAUUCAGAUCAUGCUAGUAAUGUUAAUCCAAGGAAGAAAGUAGAAGAUGCUAAGCUUGCAAGAGAUUUUCAAGCUACCUUGCAAGAUUUCCAGAAAGCCCAACAGCUUGCCGCAGAGCGUGAGUCAGCUUAUGCGCCUUCUAUCCAACCAACUUCUUCACUGACAAGUUCUUAUCAUGCUUUUGCAAACAGUUCCUCUUCUGCUGAAAAUGAAGCUUCUGAUAGGGAUCAUGAAAGUCAACCUUUUCUAAGUGAACAGAGGAGACAAGAGGUACUACUGCUGGGUAAUGAGGUUGCAUUCAAUGAGGCUAUAAUAGAGGAGAGGGAGCAGGGAAUUAAAGAUAUACAACAAGAAAUUGGACAAGCAAAUGAGAUAUUUCGGGACCUUGCUGUUCUAGUUCAUGAGCAAGGAGUGGUGAUAGAUGACAUUCAAUCAAACAUUGAAGCUUCAUCUGCUGCAACAACGCAAGCUAAAGUGCAACUUUCGAAGGCUCACAAGAAUGUCAAAUCUAGAUCAUCAUGGUGUUGGUGGGUACUGGUGAUUUUCGUAUUAGUGGUGGUCAUUCUCCUCCUUUUCCUUAUCAUAUAAUGUGUAGUACUUUUUGGCCUUCCAAGAGCGGCGGUGUGGUUGUGGGUGUGAUGCAAGUAGUGAAUUAACUUAUUCAAUGUAUAGUUUGCAGUGUUAACAGCAUUUCAAGUUUUGCCUUUGUUUAUUAUCAAGGAUUUUAUCUCAGAUUUCUUUCAUUCUCUCUUUUUUUGAAUUAAUUUUUUUCUAUACUACAUUCUACUGGUAAAUGAACCUGAAUGCAUUCAGUUUGUUGG